AUGAAGAUGCUAGCGCCCCACGACGGUCCCGACAUAGCGCCAGUCGACUCAGCUGGCGAGCUGCACGGUGCUACGCUAUGGCUGGUGGUGUGUGGCGUCGCGGUGCUGGUGGCGGCUGCACUGGCCGCCCUCGCCUGCUGGAUCGCCCGCCGGAGGAACUCGCUUGCUCACAAACUUGGAGGCAAGCGUGGUCCGGACAAGGCGCUGGUGUUCCAGCCCCCGCGCCGAGCGACUGCUGUCCGCUCCCCAGGCUCAGCCACCCACUACCUGCGCAAGUCCCCGUCACCGACUGCACCGCGCCCAGCGCCACCCACGCCGCAGACACCAGCUGUGAACCCUGCUACCACGCCUACCGGUGGCAACAGCCCGCAGUCACCGCUGGCGCCCACCGAGCCGGCCCCACUCAGCAAGGAGCUCGCCGAUGCUAAUGCUACCGAGAAGACCAAGACUACUGAACCUGAGAGCAAUGAUGGACGACUUGGUGACCUGCACUUCAAGUUGCGCUAUGAGACGGAGAAGAACGCGCUGGUGGUGUCGGUGGUCUCCUGCCAGAAUCUCCCUGGUCGCGAGCCUGCUGGACCUGAUCCAUACGUUAAGCUGCAGCUGCUGCCUGAUAAACAGCAUAAGGUCAAGACCAGGGUUGUCCGCAAGACCCGCUGCCCGGUUUACGAUGAGGACUUCACUUUCUACGGCAUCUACCAGCACCAGAUCUCCCUCAUCACCCUGCACUUCGUUGUCCUCAGCUUUGACAGAUAUUCCCGCGAUGAGAUAAUUGGCGAGGUAGUGGCACCGCUGACGAGCCUGCAGUUGCAGAGUGGCGAGCCCAUGGCCCUCUGUCGCGAGAUCCAACCACGCAGCCUGAAGAUGCGUAGCGUGGGCCGCGGCGAGGUGUUGGUGUCGCUGUGCUGGCAGCCGGCGGCGGCGCGCCUCACCGUCGUGCUGCUCAAGGCGCGCAACCUGCCCAAGAUGGACGUCACCGGACUCGCUGACCCGUACGUGAAAAUGUAUUUGUUGUACAAUGGACAACGCAUCGCAAAGAAGAAAACCCACGUGAAGAAGCGGACCUUGAACCCGGUGUUCAACGAAUCAUUUGUAUUCGAAGUCCCGGCCGCCCCCAACGCGACAUUAGACCACGUGUCCCUCGAGCUGCUCGUGCUCGACUGGGACCGGGUCACUAAGAAUGAGGUGAUCGGUCGGCUGGAGCUGGGCGCGGUGGGCGCGGGCAGCGCGCGGCACCACUGGCGCGAGGUGCAGGCGGCGCCGCGCCGACAGAUCGCCGACUGGCACAAGCUCAAGGAGUGA